GUCGUACCACAUUUUCAGUUGAAGCAACAUUUGUGUUAAAUUCUGUGCUUGGUCAUGGACCUCUGUGUGCUCUCAACUAAAGUGCAGAGCCGGGAUGUUGAGUGAGAAGUGUCUAAAUCUGGAGCCACGGUAGGCGUAAUGCCAUCUUUUUCUCUAUCGCGACGGAUCGCGAUUGUAGUGGUCACUACUUUCGCGUUCGUGUUCGUCACUGAAGGUUCCCUCAUGGCUUUCGAGGACAGUGUGUGGGAAUCAUUGCCGUACUUUGAUGAUACCACUGUGCGCGAAGUGACCGCUGCAGCAGGGUAUCCAGCCAUGCUGAAGUGUCGUGUACGAAACAUUGGUGAUCGUGCAGUGUCAUGGAUUCGUCGACGGGAUCUGCAUAUUUUGGCCAUAGGGAUCAUGACCUACACCAAUGAUCCGCGAUUCCAGGCCGAGCACACAGAAGGUUCUGAUGAUUGGACCCUCAAGAUUCGUACCGCUUAUCCAGGAGACUCUGGAGUGUAUGAGUGUCAGAUAUCCAUUGAUCCUAAGAUUAGCCUAGGAAUUCACCUUAAUGUUGUAUCCAGCAAGGCGCGCAUCCUUGGGAGUCGGGAGGUAUUUGUGCGCCGUGGAAGUGAUGUUAAUCUUACUUGUAUCGUGGAGGCGGCACCUACGCCAAUCGAACUGAACUGGGCCCGUAACGGGCAUCCACUAGAUUUUUCAAGACGUGGUGGUGUAAGCAUCCUAACCGAAAGACGCGAACGAACUAGUCAAUUGCUCAUGAGUCGUGUCUCACCUCGCGAUGCUGGCAACUACAGUUGUUUCCCGAUUGGGAACAGCAUUACAGAUGCGGCCAAUGUGCUUGUGCAUGUGAUCAAGGAUGAGAACAGUGCCGCCAUGCAGCACGAAUCUUCAGCCCCGCCCUCAGAAGCGCAUAGUAUCGCUCUGUUUGCGGCAAUUGUCGUUAUAUUGGCCAAUAUUUCUCCCAGAUGAUAAUACAGGAAUGAUAAUACACAAAGGCGAAGCCGAUGACGAAUUGGGCAAAUUGUUGCUGAUGCCUAACUCCCAGGAGAGCUUCCUCAUGACUCAACGAUACACGGCACCAGAUGAUUCAAAUCCCUCUGUUGCACGUGAAUGGUCGAUUUUAUUUUCAGUGACGAAGCAUAAAAUGCACAAUGCUCCCCAUGCUUCAUCAGCCAUGGUUAGCAAGGUAAGAGUAAGGAUAAACCCAUGUGAGGGCGCGAUGUAGAGAGAAAAGAGUAAUAAAUAAAGAAAUUGUUGAAAAUGUGGAAAA